AUGUUUGAGGAUAUAGACCGUCUUGUGGCUUAUUUUCAGGACCAUAUUGAUGACUCAUCUGACUCUACUCCAUCGCUACGAUCAGUUGCUGCUAUGUUGCCAGUGAGGAGUCCUGCAACUGGGGGCUCAUCUGGGUCCGGUGGUGGCUGGGGCAAUUCAUCCAAUGAUGGAGGCUGGAGAGGAGGCCAAUCUUCAGACAGACACAGGAAUUCUGGCCCUAGAAUGAGGGGUGAUUACAGAAAUGGUGAUGGGCAUCCCAGUGGAGCACCUAGACCAUAUGGUGGAGGAGGACGUGUACGUGGCCGGGGCCGUAGGUCAGAUUCUUAUGGUAAUGGCAGGGGUGACAGGCAGUACCACGACCGUGGUUCACAAAGGUGGGGUUCCAAGGAUGGCAAUGGUGAUGGUGGAUGGGGGAGUGGCUUCUCUGGAUCAAAAGCCCAGGAUUCACCGGGCGGUGGUAGUUGGGGAGGCGGUGUUGGUGGUAAUGCUGGUUGGGGUAGCUGGGGAGGAGAUGCCUGGGGGUUCGGGUGCGGAUGCAGUCAAGUGAUCUAUGCUAAAGGCGCAGUGUAUCUCCUCCUUCAUUCUUCAACACGAGCCAUGACUACGAGCAGGCAAAGGACGCUGAUCAUCCAUGAUGCUCCGAAGCAGCUCAGUAUUUCUCUUAGGAGCAUUGUGGUUCAGUUAUCGCUCAGAUAUGGUAGCAUCAUCAAGCUUCUUGUGAUCACUGAAGCUUUAUGGAGAAACAUAGAUUUCAUGCUAAGAGAUAUGGCCUCGUGCUAA